AUGGCCUCUGCAGUAACCAAUGCAAACGCCUCGGCGAAGGAGAUGACGGACAAGGAGAUCACCCGUCAUCGCGUCAUGGCUCGCCUGAGUGAAAUCCGCACGCAGCCCUUGAAGCAGCUGCCCAUGACCGUCUUCAUGAUGUGGAUGGUGGGCAAUGAGGUGAGCAUCUUCUCGAUCAUGUUUGUCGGCAUGGCCGUUGUGAACCCCCUGCAGUCUAUUCUCAGCGCUGGCAAACUGUUUGCUGAAUUCGAAGAGGACUCGAAGGCCGACCGGCAGAUUCGAUCGGCCGUGAAUCAGGGCCGCUGGAUCUACAUUGGCUGCUGCCUCAUCGCCUUUUUGGUGGCACUUGUGAAGCUGAACUGGAUGGAGCUGCUGCCGGUGAGCUCCAUGGACUGGAUGGACAACACGCCGCCGACAUACCAGGAGUUCAGCAGCGGUGCCUUCUACCAUUGA